UCCGGCGAGCGUCUGCGGGCAUGGCGUCUCGCCAAUCGAAUAAAUGGCAACUGCCGGCCACAUCGCCAGUCGAGCGAUUUCUCCUCGGCACACGCGAAGAUCAAGAUGAACCGCACGCUCACGAUUUUGGGCUUCGGCUUGGCCUGCGUUGUCGGAGGCGUGUACAGUGCCGCACUGUACAAGGAUCUUGCCGGAUGCACGACUCCAGAAGCAGAGAAAUGCGGAUACGACUUCGUACCCUACUUCCUCACGUCAAAGCUAGCUGACGAUGCCAAGACCCUGGCAACACAGUGCACGUUGUUCAGGAGACAACUUAAAUGCGGUGAAGACUUUGCCGUCAAGUGCUUGGAUGGCCUGCCCAAGGGCGUCAUCCUCCUUAUGCUCAGGGCAGCCGUCGAUGAGUACGGCAUGUUCUGCAACACCACGAACCCGAAGCACAAAGAAUACCUGGACAGCAUAAAGUGCAUCAACAAGGCUGGUCCUGGAGUCCAGACGUGCAUGGCCGACAUGUUUGUUGCCAUGCACCGUGCUUCCAAGGCCCCCGACCGUCAGCAGAUUCCAUAUUCCUGUUGCUAUUACCACGACUUCGUGGAAUGUGCUGAGAGCGCUCUGACCAGAGGCUGCACACUGCCUGCCGCCAAGAAGUUUUUCAACGACAUCAUCGACCACGUUUUCGGUGAGGUGCUCAGCCUGGCCUGCAACAAGUACAAGAAGGGCACGGGCGCCUGCGAGGCCCUGCCCGUCUUGCCCACCAAAGAUGACGCGAAGGCACGCGACAAGGGAUUCAUCGAGCCUCUGGCCGUCAUCGCAAGCAAGCUCGGCUAGACAUCGUCGCUCUUUAGUGUAUCUAUACGCAUAGACCUAGCAGUUGUAGACAUUACACAGAGUUAGUUGCGCGUACGCAGCAGCCGUGCGGACGUGGCCUGUCAAUGAAAAUGGCUAGCAGGCUGCGUCCGUAUGACUGAUGCGGACGCGCAACUAAAUCUGUCUACUAUCAUAUGCCACCUCGGAUAAGGGCGUGUCAUGCUGGCAUGCACUGCAAGAGCUGCGACAACGUUUGUAAUGUUCCUGAACGGGCGCUUCGGCGCUGUGGAUGCUGGAUAGUCUCAGCUAGCCGAUUAUUCCUUGUCGAGUAUAAUCAGACUACCACUUAGUCGCAGUAGAAAAUUCCUGCGUUUUUGGUAACGAUGGGACGUCCCUUGUACACAAGCGCACAGGAUAUGAAUGUUGAAGGAUAUGUUCGGUGCUGAAGGGCCUAAUUUUUUAACACAGGAAAUCACGAAUAAAGGGAAAUAGGAGCUGGCAAGAAAUUCAGGUCAACCACAGUCAAAAAUGCAAAUGUUCUUGCGUACCACCAUGACAACCAUUACUGUUGGUGAUUUGCGAAUGCAUUUUAGGCAGACUAGUUUGCGCGUGCAGACCUACCCCUGAAAGGUUGUGCCAUCGUGCCUUUAACGAUGCGGAGCAACAACAAAGCGGGCACGAAGACCCAUCCAAGAGCGAGCUCCGUAAUGUGUGUUGCAGCUUUAAAUACGAGAAGCGCCACCUCUCAGACGCGUUGUGACCUGUGGCGUUGCGCCGCUAUCUCCAAGAUGGCGCGCCCGACGUGCGCGGUCGAGGUGAUCAGAAAAACAUCUCAGAGGUGGCGCUGGCAAGCAAGGACUCUCCGUGAACGGGAACUUGACGCUCGAAAGUUUACAGGUAGCGCUUUCCUCCUAGAGAUGCGUUUUUCGUAAAAGGUCUGCUUUGUUUUUAUCGCGGUGAUCAUAACUCAUCCGGAGUGUGAGCGCGUGUAUGCUGCGUAGGAUUUCGCACGUUAGAAUUCCGUCGCUUGGUGGCAUUAUAAUGAUGAUUGAUUUUUCAUUUAAAGAAGACAGACCCUGCUACGUAUUAUCAAAACGUUCGUUAGAAAUCAGUCUCGUAAUCAAAAGCCGUAUAUUUUCUUUGUCUAAAAAAAAGAAAGCGUACACAUUCGACUAUUAGUUCAUCUAAAGAUGAGCAACAAGUCUUUGUUCUUUAACGCAUACAGGAAUACACAACCCCUUCAAAAAUCGUGCAUUGUAGAAUAAAUUGUUUACAUGGUAAGUUAACAAGACAGUAUUGAAGCGUAUACCUAACAAGUAACCACAGAUAUGUUUCCUAGUUGUUAUCAAUUCCACUAAAUUACCGAUGAUUACACCGGGAUCAUGAACAUUUAAAACUGGGCAAAGUGCUUGGUUUGUCUCAGCCGUAUAACUAUGCAUGCUUUGUGUGAUGUGUGUAGAUAAAUGCGAUCAUCGACAUGUUCAUUUUCGAAACCGAUACGUGUCUGUUUUACUAUCAUGCAUGAAAUAAAAUGCCAUAUCAUCAACACA